AGCAGCAGCAGAGACGAUUGUGUUUUCAGGACGUUCAGGAGAGACACUGCGCUGGACAUGUAGAAGAGAAAAGUAUAAUUAUGUAAUUAUGGAGAAUUACAUCAUAUUUAUGUGCUUAGUAGCCAUGAUGAGAUUCUCAGCUGCUGAUGAACUGAAGAGGAAUUUGACAGGAGUUGUUGGAGGAAACGUCACUUUCCCAGAUCCUCUGCUGGAAUUAGGAUUUCUUUUAGAAGGAACAAACAUCGCUAUGGUGUAUGAAGGAAAACUUCAGAUUCUAGAGGAAAAAUACAAAAACAAACUUCACUGGAACAGAAACUCUGGACUCUUUACAAUCACAGACCUGCAGAAGAGCGACUCUGGAGUUUAUAACAUCGACUCUAAAAGAGGACGAGCUCUAAGUGUCUCUUAUUCUUUGACAGUUUAUGAUGGUGCUCCGACUCCUGCAAUAGAAACCCUGACUGUGAGCUCUGACAGCUGCUGGUUGCUCUGUUCUGUGGACAAAGCCACGUCUCUGCUGUGGUACAAAGACCAGGAAGUACAGAACCAGAACAGUUCUGCUUCCUCUUUACCCAUCACUGUCCACAAAGAGGACAGAGACUCAUCCUACAGAUGUGUAGCAGCCAACCCUGCAGAAAACAAGACUCUCCAUGUUAACGUGAGGACAGCAUGUGGGUUCAAUGAGACAGAAAGUGGUGAUAACCCUAAGCAAAGAGCAUAUUUCAUCGGAGUUGGUAUCUCUGUGCUGUUAAUUGUAUUUGUUGUUGGAGCAUUCUGGAUGAUCAAGCAGAGGAUCCUGGGUAAAAAACAACCAGUCAGACAAGACACCAUAAAAGAGGACGAAGUCCAAUAUACGCCAAUUCUUUUCAAGGAUAACAGACACAGUCAGGGGGAGAAUAUUCCAGAGUCAACAGGAACCAGUGAUCGCGCCGAUCUGACGACAGUCUACGCUAAACUGGAGCAUCCGAAUCCAAACGGACCCUCUUUAGGCUGACAUUUCUGCUACAAGUCACUGUUUCAUAGCAGCUUAAUGUAAACUUCAGCAAUCACGGUUGCAGAAAUAUUAUAGCUUAAAGUACAGUUCAAUAAUCACCUGUAAACAUUUCACUUUUUUUAUUAACUGUAAUAUAAAACUUUGUCUUGUGUCCUACCUGCCAUUUCACUUCCUGGAUCUGUUUCCAGUUACCAGCUCCUGUAACAGUGCUGCAGGAGUUAGGCAGUUUGUUCUGUAACUGAUGGGUUGCCGCUCCGAUCCCCCGCUCCCCCCGUCUCAGACGUCGUGUCCAUCGGCAACACACUUCUCCCACUUUGCCUCCUGGUGGUGGUCAGAGGGCCCGGUGGCCCCGAUGUACGGCCGCCUCGCUGCUGUCAGUCCGCCCCAGAGCAGCUGUGGAUACAAUGUAGCUCACCACCGCCGGGAUGUGAAUGUGGAGUCCUCUGAACUUGAUAAAAAGAAAAGGUCAUUUAUUAUUUACAUGACAGCAUUUCAUCCAUUGAUUUUGAACAACUACAUUUUCACUCAAAGCAGCUGAGAAAUCCUUGAGCUACCAAAGAUGUUUAGUGUGGGAGUCAUGAAGGGGAGCAGCGUGUUUAAAGCAGACAUUUCUUCCUGCAGAUGUUCUGAACCUGGGUUUAGGAAGCUGGAGCCUCUCCUUUAAUAAACCAAAGAAAACUGGAGAACUCAACCAGAACAGUGACUUUGUUUUGGACAUAAUGUUGUGUUUACUUAAAGGCUUGACUCACCUCCCUGCAGCCAUGCUCGCUCUCACAUUCACAGCAUUUGUAGCCAAACUAAACUUCCACUCAUGGAGAUGCAGUUGAAAUGAGAAAGGAUGAUUUUAUUCCAAAUGAAUGGAUAAAUGGAUUUAUCCCCAUCAUUUCAUUACAUAAAUAAAAAUACAAAGCUUUCUUGUAAAAAAAAUUUUUUUUUUGUUAUUAUUUAAAAAUGUAUUAAUUUGGCCGCAUAUGUUUUUCUUCAUGAUAAUGUAAUUUAAUAUUGUAUUGCAUUAUGUUGCCUCCCAAUAUGUGGAAUUGUACUGAAUCUAAUCUUGUUGGCGGUUUGCUGAGAAACGUGUGGCAGCAGCUAUGAACCAGAAAUAGUUCUGUUUUCUGCUGAUGGCAGAAAUAGCAGAAAAACACCAAAUUAAUGUUUGCUGUAUAAACAUUAAAGCCGAAUCUUUUUAAAAUAAUUGGGUAAAAAUUUUAAAAUAAGGCCCAAAUUAAAGAAAAAAAAUCAACAGGGACCUAAAUAGCUUGAAUGUUUUGAUAUUUGACCAAAUCUAGUUUUCUGUGCUCCAGAUGUUUUACUCGUCUUGUUCUGGUCACAUCCAGAUGUAUUUUAGCACAUCCUGUUAUUUUAUCCUCCAUUUCCUUGUUGUUCCCAACAUUUUUCCUGGUUAUGAUCGGUUCUUCAGAUGUUCUCUGGGUCCCAUCAUUGUUUUCUCCUGUUCCUCUGGGUGUUGUUUGAUAUAACAGCAGCUCAGGUUAUCUCUGCUGGCGCCCAUAUUUGCCUUUUUUUCUUUGAAUAAAAACCAACGCCUGCA